AUGGCCUUUAAGGGUCUUCAUCUUCUGUCUAUUCUACUGCUGUCCCAAGGAAUCCAUCUUUCUCAAGGAAGUUGUGGAAACGGGCAGUUUCAGUGCAACAGUGGACAGUGCAUAGACGCAACCUGGAGGUGCGAUGGAACCAAAGACUGCACAGAUGACUCCGAUGAGCUAAACUGUCCAAGUCCAUCAUGCACCUCACAGCAAUUUAAAUGUGUGACAAGUGGUGAAUGCAUUUCAUUGGGAUUCGUCUGCGAUGGAGAGGAGGACUGCCUCGAUGGCUCUGACGAACAAAGAAGCUGUGGGGGACGGACCUGCAGCUCUGACCAGUUCACCUGCCAGGAGGGCCAGUGUAUCCCUGUUAGAUACAGAUGUGACCAUGUGAAGGACUGUGUGGACAACUCUGAUGAGAACAGCUGCAACUACCCUUCUUGCACUGAGAAGACUUGUGCUAACGGGGCCUGUUAUACCAACUCUCAGCACUGCAACGGACUACAGGACUGUCGAGACGGCUCUGAUGAAUCCAACUGCACGACUCAGCACUGCCCCAUCCACCAGUAUCAGUGUGCAAAUGGCUUCUGUAUUCCAAUGUCCUUUGUAUGUGACCACUGGGACGACUGUGGGGACGAAAGUGAUGAACAAGACUGUGCGUAUCCGAGUUGCAGCGGCAACGAAUUCUCAUGUUCCAGUGGUCGCUGUAUUCCUCAGAACUGGGUGUGCGACAAGUUCAACGACUGUGGGGACUUCAGUGAUGAGAAAGGAUGUGAUAGCAACUCUCGGGACUGUUACCCUGGUGAGUGGGGAUGCCCGGGCUCUACAGCAUGUAUACCAGUGGUCAAAGUGUGUAACGGCAUACCUGACUGUCCUGGAGGAACAGACGAGAACAACUCCACCACACAAACCUGCAGCCUGGAUCGCUGCUCCGCCUUGAGCUGUGAGUACCUCUGCCACCCAUCUCCUGAAGGAGGUGCUUGCUACUGCCCCGAUGGUUUCAUUGUAGCCAAUGACAGUCGUUCUUGUGUCGACUAUAACGACUGUCAGAUCUGGGGGAUCUGUGACCAGCUUUGUGAAGAUCGUCCUGGGACACAUCACUGCAGCUGUGCUAACGGCUACUUCUUGGAGCAGGGUCAUAUCUGCAAAGCCAAUAUAUCAGCUGGAAUACCACAACUCAUUUUCACAAACGGGGGAGACGUGAUGAUGGCAGAUAUACACGGACGCCUUGUCAGAACUUUGGUGCCGUCUCAGGGCAAAGGUUAUGCUGUUGGUGUGGCUUACAACUGGCGUACUGAUAUCGUUUUCUGGAGUGAUACUUAUACCAAAAAGGUAUAUUCUGCUAACUAUAAUGGGGGUAACAUCAGGGAGGUUCUGAAUACCUCAGUCCAUAAUGUCCAGAACCUCGCUGUGGACUGGAUCAACUUCAAACUCUAUGUCUUAGAGGUCAUGGUGGAGCGUAUCGACAUGUGUGACUACGAUGGAGAUAAUCGGGUCACACUGGUCGCUGAAAACCUGCAUACCCCUCAUGGACUUGCCCUGGACCCCACAGUGGGCUACAUGUUCUUCACAGACAUGGGCACUGGCAGUGAGCAGAUGAAGCUUGAACGUGCCUUCAUGGAUGGCAGUAAUCGCUUGGAGCUGGUGAAGAUUAGACUUGGCACUCCGACAGGAAUUACUCUGGAUAUUGUCAAUAAGAGGGUCUACUGGUCUGACAGCCACUUUGACACUGUGGAGACUGUCACCUACAGUGGUCUGGAUAGGAAAAUUGUUCUAAAUGGUGGAACCCAGGCUCCGCAUCCUUUUGGAAUUGCUGUGUUUGAAAACCACGUCUUCUUCACUGACUGGACCAAGAUGGGUUUAGUGAGAGCCAACCGCUUCAAUGGCAGCAACCCAUCACUUCUUUAUCGUACCGCACAGAACCCGGGUCAUGUUGUUGUCUCACACCCUGUCCUGCAACCUGUUGUGAUGAACCCAUGCGGCAGACACAAUGGAGGCUGUCAGCACAUUUGUGUCUUGAGUCACCGCUCCGACAAUGAUGGCCUUGGCUUCCGCUGCAAGUGUCGCCAUGGUUACGACCUUCAGCUCGACCGUCGGACCUGCUUUAAGGUGAAGGACUACCUGUUGUUGGUCACCUCUCUUGCGGUGCGAGGAAUCCCACUGAACGUUUCCCUCCAGGAGGACCUCACCCUGCCCCUCCACGGGCUUGGAAGUUCAUUCUCUGGCUCCGCUGUAGAGUUUGACGGCAACGAGGAAACAAUUUUCUACAAUGACAGAUCCAAAGGACUUGUCUAUAAGUCAAGCCUCAAUGGCACAGUCCAACAGAUUUUGACAGGCUACAGAGUGGGAACAAUUGAUGCCAUGGCUUAUGACUGGACCUCCAAUGUUUUGUUUUGGACCACAAGCUCCUACAGGUCGGUGGUGGCCUUUAAUGUCAAAGACAAAUCCAGACGAGAUAUUGUGACUGGACUGAGGAACCCAAAGGGAAUUGCAGUGCAUCCUAGUGCUGGCUACUUGUUCUGGUCUGACUGGUACCGUCCAGCCGUCAUCAUGAGAGGCUUUACUGAUGGCAGCAAUGCUAUUCCUCUGGUCAACACGACACUGGGAUGGCCAUACGGACUCUCUGUGGACUAUGUGAUGGACAGGGUGUACUGGGUCGAUUCCCUCUUGGAGCAGAUUGGUCACAUUGGCAUCGAAGGCCAUGACAGACAGGUGUUUACCAAUAUCGGCCAGAUCACUCAACCCUACUCCUUGACUAUUUACUCAGAUUACCUGUAUGUGUCUGACACACGGACCAGAGCAAUAUUCGAGAUGAGGAAGAGGGACGGAGGAGGAAGCAUCAUGAUCCGACAAGGAGUCACCGGGAUAAUGAAUGUUAAGGCCUACACAGCCGACCUUCACAGCACUUUAACCAGCCGGUGCAAUGUGGUGACCAAUGGGCGCUGCAGCCACUUCUGUUUCCCAACCCCCUCCUUCAGUCGAGUGUGUGGCUGUCCAUACGGCAUGAAACUGGAGGCCAAUCAGAGGGACUGCAUCAAGGACGAUUCUGUAGUCCCACCUGACAACAUCUGUGGUGACUACGCCUUCGAGUGUGAUGAAGGGCGUUGCCGGCCCAACUCCUACCGCUGUGAUGGGAUCUUUGACUGCAUAGAUAAGACUGAUGAGGCCAACUGCACAGAUACAGGAGCGACCUGCUCUCCACAAGCGUUCACCUGCGACAAUCGGCACUGUAUUCUGCCCAGCUGGCGUUGUGACGGCAUGGAUGACUGCGGCGAUGGAUCUGAUGAAAAUAACUGUCCCACUCAUCUUCCUACCACUUGUACAGCCGACUUCUUUACCUGCGAAAACAGCAGGUGUAUUUCUAAACUGUGGUUGUGUGACGGUGACAAUGACUGUGGUGAUGGCUCUGAUGAACAAAACUGCAACUCAGCCAUCACUACAUGCCCCCCUGCCUACUUCCUGUGUCCCGACCACCGCUGCAUCUACAACUCCUAUGUCUGCGAUGGAGACCAAGACUGCCUUGAUGGCUCUGAUGAGCUAAACUGUGAAUUUUCCUGUGCCUCCUAUGAGUUUGCCUGUGCCAGCGGGGACCAGUGUGUCAAUACGAGAUAUCGGUGUGAUGGGGUGUUUGACUGCAGAGACCAUUCUGAUGAACGAGACUGCCCCACUCGAGGACCAGGCCUCUGCCACAGUGAUGAAUUCCAGUGCCAGGCCGAUGGCUUCUGCGUACCAGACAAGUGGGAGUGUGACGGCCAUCCGGACUGUGAGGACGGAUCAGACGAACACAACUCUUGCCCACCUGUCACUUGCAACUCCAAUUACUUCCAGUGUACCAACAAAAUGUGUAUCCCAACAAGUUGGCUGUGCGAUGGCGACAAUGACUGUCGUGACAUGAGCGAUGAACAGAACUGCCCCACCCCUCCUUUUAGUUGUCCAUCUGGACAGUGGCAGUGCCCCACUGACCUGGUGUGCAUAGACCUGGACAAGGUGUGCAACGGACAGAGGGACUGCCCCAAUGGAGCAGACGAGUCACCAAUCUGCAACCAAGAUGAUUGUGUGUUGAACAACGGGGGCUGCAGUCAUGACUGUGUCCAAGGACCUUUUGGGGCUCAGUGCACCUGUCCUCCAGGACUUCAACUCAACGACACCAAGAACUGUGAGGACAUCAACGAAUGUCUGAUCCCCGGUUUCUGCAGCCAGCAGUGCUACAACGAGAGAGGAAGCUUCCGGUGCUACUGCUCAGAUGGUUACCUCCUUGAGCCCGAUGGACGCACCUGCAAAGCUGCAGAUCCGCUAGCAGCUCUACUCCUGGUUUCAAAGCGUAGCCAGAUAAUCGCCAACCGGAUCAAUUUGAGACCACCCCUGAUACAUCCAUUGAUAAGUGGUUCAAGCAUAGUGACCGUGGACUUUGAUCGUGUGACCUCCAAAAUCUACUGGGCAGACGCCUCACAGAAGAAGAUAUGGUGUUCCAACCAGAAUGGCACCGACAGACAGGAAGUAUUCUCCACUGGUUUAAUGGUGCCAGAGAGUGUAGCUGUGGACUGGGUGGGUCGGAACCUUUAUUGGACCGACUCUGUCAUGGAGAACAUUGAGGUGUCCACUCUAGAUGGUCGCUUCCGCAAAGUCCUCCUCACUAAGAAUGUCACCAGCCCCCGGGGAUUAGUUCUGGACCCUCGCAACUACACCAACCUGAUGUUCUGGUCAGACUGGGGUCAGAAUCCAAGAAUCGAGCGGGCUGACAUGAAUGGAGCCAUGAGACGGGUCAUCGUCAGCACAAAGCUCUACUGGCCCAACGGCCUGGCCCUGGACUACACCACACGCAGGGUCUACUUUGCAGAUGCCUACCUCAAAUAUAUUGACUACUGUGACUAUGAUGGCAACAACCGGCAACAGGUCAUGGCGAGUGACCUGGUUCUCCAGCACCCACACGGCAUGACCGUCUUCGAGGACAGCAUCUAUUGGUCCGAUCGCUACACCAACAAAGUGAUGAGGACGAACAAGUUCCACGGUGGCAACGUCACCACUCUGAUGAACAAUGUCUUCCAACCCAUGGGCAUCGUUAUGGAUCAUCCCAUCAAACAACCCACUGCCGUCAACCCAUGCAGGGAACACCUGUGCAGUCAGCUGUGCCUGCUGUCGGGCCUGAGACCCAGGUACUACACCUGCCACUGUCAGUCAGGCUGGAAGCUGGACACUGAUAGACGCACAUGUAUCAAAGAUGACACUCCCUUCUUGAUGGUGGUGAGAGACUCAGUGAUUAUUGGCGUCCCUCUGGACCCCGCUGACCCCUCAAACAAUGCAAUGGCCCCAGUGUCAGGCAUCAGCCAGGGGCGGGACAUCGACUUUGACGACCAGGAGCAAUAUGUCUACUGGGUGCAGGCCACUGGUUCUAUAUGGCGAGUGCAAACCAGUGGUACCAACAGGUCGGAGUUUGCUCCAGCGGCUCUCAUGGGCUCACCAUCUGGUCUGGCUUUUGAUUGGAUAAGCCGGAUAAUGUAUUACUCCAAUCCCACUGUUAAAACCAUCGAGGUAAUCCGUGUCGAUGGAAACCAACACUAUAGGAAGACACUCAUCACCUCCACUGGCAAACCUGAGGGAGUGGGAGAACCCAUUGGAAUAGCUCUGGAUCCAGCCCGAGGGAAAUUGUUUUGGACAGACAAGGGUUCUGACAAUGGAGUUCCUCCUAAGGUUGGCAGCUCAGACAUGGACGGAGGAAACCUCAGGAACCUCUACACGGGCAACAUGGCAAACAUAGGAUUCAUCGCUGCUGACAUCUCUGGCAGAAAACUGUACUGGGGUGUAGCAGGCUCUGGGGUGAUCGAAAGUGGCACCAUGGACGGAGUAGCCCGGGUGACGGUGGUCAGUGGUCUGUCCCAUCCUUGGGGGCUGACAAUCUACCAGAACCACCUCUACUACACAGACCUGGACUACGAGGUCAUUGAGAGGGUGGACAAGGACACCGGUGCCAACAUGGUGGUGAUGAGGAGUGGCAUGUCUGGUCUGCGUGCUCUCAAAGUGCACGCCAGAGACGACUCCGCAGGGACCACCAAUGCCUGCAGUUCCAACAAUGGGGGCUGUCCUCACCUCUGUCUUCCCAAACCAGACAACCAAAAGACCUGUGCCUGCACCACAGGCUUUAACCCCUCUCAAGAUGGCUCCCGCUGUGAACAGUUUGAAUCAUUCGCCAUCAUUUCCACCCCAAAGUUCAUCCGUGGCUUCCACAUAAACAGCUCAGACCACUCUGAGGCAAUGGUUCCUGUUGGUGGACCUUCCUACUCCAUUAAGGACAAACUGGACCUCCAUAUUGAAUCUGGCUUUAUUUUCUGGACUGACAGUACCACCUCCACCUCAUACAGAGGCAUCUUCCAAGCAAAAACAGAUGGGGGCAGAUACAGCAAUGUCAUCACCUCUGGUCUCGGAACAAGAGGCAUUCAGGGCCUCGCAAUAGAUUGGAUUGCAGGUAACUUAUACUUCAGCAAUGCCUUUGACAGCGAGACCUACCUGGAAGUGCUUGCAAUCAACACCACCUACAGAAUGAUUCUUCUCAAGUCCUCCCAGGAUCAACCCCGUGACCUGGCCGUCAGCCCCAAGCUUCGCUACCUCUUCUGGACUGACGGCGGCCAGACACCUAAAAUUGAGCGAGCUCUGCUGGAUGGCACCAACCGCACGGUGUUGGCAUCAGAGAGCCUGGCUUCACCUCGCGGCCUCACCAUUGAUUACACUAACGACUUCCUCUAUUGGACAGAUGAUGUUCUUGAUAUGAUCUCUCGUAUGGCCACAGAUGGGACACAGAGACAGAUUGUCAGGUACGGCAGUCGUUAUCCAUCUCCCACAGGCUUGGCUAUAUUUGGAAACUACAUGCUGUGGGUGGAUAAGAAGCUGGGGAAGCUCUUCCAGGCCAGUAAAGACCCAGCCAAUACCGACCAGCCAGAGGUCAUACGAGACAGUCUUGAUGGGCUCAUGGACGUGGCCAUAUUUGAUGCUCAUGUCCAGCCCACAUCUGCCAACCAGGUCGGUUUUAACCCAUGUCAAGAAGAUAAUGGACGCUGCCAGCAGCUCUGCUUCGCCAUCCCAGGCCAGGAGAAACCAAAAUGUGGCUGUGCACAUGGGUCACUCCUUAGCAAUGGAGUAACAUGUGGUUAUGGCCUGGAUGAGUUUCUAAUUUUCACCACAGACUACACACUGAGUACCCUGAGGUUAGACCCUGCAGACCACAGCACUCCCUAUCCAGAAGUGAACUUGGGCUACAACACAAUGGCACUGGAUUAUGACUUCAAGGAGAAGCGGAUUUUCUUCACCCAGUAUAUGGGGAUUGGGCGAAGCAGGAUUGGCUACAUCACUACAACAUCCAUCACCAGCCCACCGGUCAAUGUAGCUACAAAUUUGGAUGAUCCAGAGGGACUGGCCUAUGAUUGGGUCAACAAGCGUCUCUACUUUACUGACUACAAUACACGUAAUGUCCAGUCCAUUGGGGUGGAUGGGAUGAAUCGCUCCAUCAUCGCCCAUGCAAAUCGUCCCAGAGGCAUCAUUGUCGACCCCUGCUAUGGUUACCUUUACUGGACUGACUGGGGCUUCCCAGCGAAGAUCGAAAGGGCCACACUGGGUGGAAACUUCCGUACCGAUAUCAUCAACAGCAGCCUGACAACACCCAGUAGCCUGUCUCUGGAUUAUAAAGAAAGGAUGCUCUACUGGGCUGACAGUUCAUUAGACAAGAUAGAACGGUCUACUCUGACUGGUGGGAACCGACAAGUGAUCAUGCAGGGGGUCCAGUACCCGUACUCCAUGACUGUCUUCCAGCAGGACAUUUUCUGGACUGACUGGAAUGAGAGAGGCAUCUUCAGGGCUGGAAAGGACGACGGCUCUGGCUUAACAGUGCUGGCCCAGGACCUGCAGUACCGACCAAACAACAUCCAUGUUUAUGCUGCAUCCAAGCAGGAGAGCUGCAACAGCUCCUGUCAGCAGUUCAACGGAGGCUGCAGUCAUGUCUGUGUUCCUGGUCCAUUGGGUCCAGAGUGCCAGUGUCCUCAUCAGGGAAAUUGGUACCUUGCCAACAACGGCAAAGACUGUAUCAAAGACAUCGGGAAACGCUGUCAGCCAGAGCAGUUCACCUGCCUCAAUGGUAACUGCAUCUCAUCUCGAUGGAAGUGCGACGGCUACAAUGACUGCCGCGAUAACUCGGACGAGCAGGAGAGAGUGUGUGCCUUCCACACCUGCUCAGCAAUGGACUUUACCUGCGACAAUGGGCGCUGUCUGCCGCUCAGCUACGCCUGUGACUACACAGAUGACUGUGGGGACAACAGUGAUGAGAGGGGCUGCCCUUUCCCCACAUGUAACCCCAACACAGAGUUCACCUGUGGCAACGGACGCUGCAUCAGCGCAGCAUUUGUCUGUGACGGCCACAACGACUGCAGGGACAAUGCCACCUCUGACGAAAUCAACUGCCCUGACAGGACGUGUCCUUCUGGUCAGGUGAAGUGUGACACAACCAACAUCUGCAUUUACCCCGAAAGUCUGUGUGACGGCUACAACAACUGUGGAGACAACAGUGAUGAGAAUCCUCUGUUCUGUGCGGAUCGCACAUGCUCUCCUGACCAGUUCCGCUGCGAUGGAGGGAAGUGUAUCCCUCAGUCUUGGGUGUGUGACUUUACCAGAGACUGCACUGAUGGGACAGAUGAACCUCCAAGUUGUG